GCUCAAAUCUUUCAUUACAGCGAGAACAGCGCUGGUUCAGCUUCAGCGGCAAAACGUGACAAUGUAUUUUGCUAUGAUAACUCUGAGUACAGCACUGUUGAUUCAGGCCCAAGAGAGUCCUCGUUUGGUCUCCAUGGAAUCAGCAGGACUUGGGGAUACUGUUACCCUUCAUUGUGAAGCUCAGCAAAUGGAUUGCAGUAAUUUAUACUGGUACAAGCAAUGUCUUGGAUGUUAUCCCGAAAUGGUUGCUUCGAAAGUGUUUCAAGUAGCUACAAUGAAGCCUCACAUUAAUUUAACAUUGACAGAGGUAGAAGGUGCUUGUGUCUUUAAUCUGAUCAUUCAGAACGUAACUAAAGGUGAUGAAGCAAACUAUUUCUGUCAACAAUACACACGUGCUUAUUGGAAUAAUGGCACCUUUCUGUCCAUCAAAGAUGACAAUCAUAGGUUUGUCUCCCAGACUGUGGUCCAACAGCCUGUGUCGGCAUCAGCUCAGCUGGGAGACCCUGUGUCUCUCGAGUGCUCUAUUACCUCCCAGAGGACGGACCACAGUAGCCAGUGCAGAGGGGAACCCAGUGUGUACUGGUUCAGAUCUGGAUCAGGACCAUCUCACUCAGCUGCCAUUUACAUGAAUGGAAACAGGAGAGGUGAAUGUCAGAAUAGUUCUGGGCCUCCGUCUGCUCCACAGAGCUGUGUCUACACUCUCCCCAAGAACAAUGUAGACUCCUCUGAUGCUGGGACCUACUACUGUGCCCUGGCAGCAUGUGGGGAAGUUGUGUUUGGAAAUGGAAUUAAACUGGAGAUAACAGAACCCAACCGGCAUCUUGUUACCAUGGUGCUCGGAAUACUUUUGGCUUGUUGUCUGGCUGUGAUUACAAUCCUCUUUCUAACCAGAAAUAAAAAGUAUGUUUGUGAUCAUCGCAAAGGAACUCUGAGUGCUUCCUUCCAUGCUCCACGUGACUCACAGAUUCAGAAACAACAGGAUGGGGAGACAGAUUCCUUAAACUACGCAGCGUUGGAGUUCUCUGGCAGGAAAACCAAAGGAGGGAAGAAGAACACUGAAAGGAAUCAGGAGAGUGUGUAUUCUGCUGUGAGAGAAACCUGACACUGAAGUUCAUCAACCUGGGAGUUUGUAUCACCUCAUGAUGAGUCUAAAGGAGGUGAUAAUGGUGUUAUUAAUCAAGACAUGCUUAUUAUUAUGAGUAUAUAGAUUGUUACUUAUGUUUCACGAUGUCGCUCUUUGUGGAUCAUAAACAGCAAAUUGUUCA